AAGCCCCACGCGGAGAAGUGGUUGAGCAUAAGUAGACCCAGUUCUUCCCAGGCGACGCUUCAGCACGGACAGAUGGCGUUGUUCAGAUCAACACGUCUCCUCUCGGUCUUGGGGUCCAGCCUCCGAGUUGCCAGCACGAGGGCAGCUAGCAAUGAUGUCAACACCUUCAGGGACACUUAUACUAUGAGGAUGUACAAUGGGGAAAAGCAACCCACAGGCCUCUUCAGCGCCGGGGAGAUCGAGAACCGUAUUAACAAACUGCGUAAAUACAUGGAGGAAGAUGGUGUAUCUGCCUGCCUCUUUACGUCGAUACAUAACGUCAAUUACUACACAGGAGGUUUUCUCUACUGCUCCUUCGGGCGCCCCUACGGCCUCCUGAUCACGCCAGAGAAGCACGUGACCAUCUCGGCCCUUAUCGACGCGGGGCAACCAUGGCGGCGCUCACCACAUGACAACAUUAUCUUCACCGACUGGAAAAGAGAUAACUAUUUCCGAGCGAUAGUGGAGGAACUCGGAGGCAUCAAGGGGACCAUAGGCAUCGAGUACGACCACAUGACCCUCGAACGAAGUCAAAAGUUGCAGAAUAACUUGCCUCAUAACAACACCCUCGUGGACGUCAGUGCGGCGACCAUGAGGAUGCGGAUGAAAAAGAGUCUGGAGGAGAUAGCGGUUAUCAAGAACAGCACAGCCACAGCAGACAUUGGCGGGUGGGCGUGUGUGGAAGCAUUGGGAGAAGGAGUGCCAGAGUACGAGGUGGCACUGGCCGGCACUCGCGCUAUGGUCAGAAACAUUGCUAAGCUCUACCCAGAUAGCGAACUCAUGGAUACAUGGGUUUGGUUUCAGUCCGGCUUAAACACAGACGGCGCCCACAACCCGGUCACGACACGCAAGAUACAGAAGGGCGACAUCCUCUCCCUCAACUGCUUCCCCAUGCCCCAGGGGCACUACACCGCCCUGGAGCGCACGAUGUUCCUGGACCACUGCAGCGACGCCCACCUCAAGAUCUGGGAGGCGAACGUAGCGGUGCACAAGAGAGGGCUCGAACUCAUCCGCCCGGGAGCCAAGUGUUCUGAGAUCGCUCAAGAACUUAACCACUUGUUCGCUGAGUUCGGGCUUCUGAAGUACAGGACGUUUGGCUAUGGGCAUUCCUUCGGUGUCCUGUGUCAUUAUUACGGACGUGAAGCUGGCCUAGAGCUGCGAGAGGACAUCGACACCGUGCUGGAGCCUGGUAUGGUGGUGUCCAUGGAGCCUAUGGUUACCAUUCCCGAGGGUCAACCAGGCGCAGGGGGGUACAGAGAACACGACGUUAUGGUGAUCAACCAAGAUGGCUCGGUUGAUAACAUCACCGGCUUCCCCUUCGGCCCGGAGCACAACAUCUUCAAGAAAUAAAGAAGAGAAGGAAAAACGUCAUUGGUUUCCCCUUCGGCACAUCAUCUUCAAGAAAUAAGGAAGAGAAGGAAAGCAAAUAAGGAAGAACGUCAUUGGUUUCCCCUUCGGCACAUCAUCUUCAAGAAAUAAGGAAGAGAAAGAAAGUAAAUAAGGAAGAACGUCAUUGGUUUCCCCUUCGGUACAUCAUCUUCAAGAAAUAAGGAAGAGAAAGAAAGUAAAUAAGGAAAAACAUCACUGGCUUCCCCUUCGACACAAGAAAUAAAGUGAAGAGGAGAAGGAAAAAAAAUAAAAAAUCUGAAAACUUUUGUGAGAAAUAGGAAGAAAUGUAAAAGAAUAAAUAUUUUGAAAUACAUCUUCAAGAAAUUCGAAGAAGUGGGAAAAUGAAAUGGCAUUUUGAACAAAUUUCCAAGGAAUGGAAACAAAAGUGUACACAGUUUUAAAAAUACAUUUCCAAGGAGGCGGAAAUGUAAAAUAAAAUUAACAGAUAAGUGUUGUAUGCCUUGAUAUUUCUAAAGAAUAAAAACAUGUUGUUAUAAA